GGUUCCUCCACCAACUUGGGGCGCGCUUGGCUUGUUGACCACUCCAUCGGAAAACAGAACACUGACCACGAACAAGCACAACCUGAGCUCCACCCACCACAUAAACACAUUCUUACAUUCGAGCCGGUCUCGCUCGCAACCUGGAGGAAACUUGCUCAUCGACUGUUUAUCGACGGCCGAAGAUGGACGGAAUCCUAGCGGGAUACGGAUCGGAAGAGGAAGUGAACCAGCAGACCGAUGAUAACACCACUGCUAUCACUACUGGACUCAAGGAAGACCAGACCAGAGAUGAAAGUGCGGCAGAGGCAGGAUCGGAUCCAGACGAUGAAAUCGAUAAUAUCAAUGGAGACGUCUUCGGAAUUAAAGAAUCACUCUCAAACAACAAGCCCAAGCCAGAACAAUCUGACCAGCCAUCAAACUCAACAGACAAACAAAUCAUCACAACCGUCCCUCACGUCAUCCCAGCCAUCUCAUCCUCUACUUCUCUUAUCCUCAGAACAUCGGACACCGAGAUGAAUGUUAAUGUCAAAUACUCAGAUAUGAUCCUUCCAAAACAAGGACCCAAAAAUCCAUUUACAAGUCGAAAGUUAGAAAAGAUGAAUACAUUAAAUGGUCAUAUUGAAGAAGAAUUUAUCAAUGAUGUCGACUUCAAUCGACAACAACGAACAUUUCACGUGCUCAAGUAUGCAAAGAACCCUUCAAUAAUUUCCUCAACCUCAGAAAACCCAGCUUUGAAUUUUGUAGGGGAUGUUCAUGCGGCAUACAAGAACGAGGGAAUGCUUGCCUCAGAGGUGAAAGUGACGAAGGCGAUGAAGAAGACGGUUAAGCGGAAGCGACAGGACAAAGGCGAGCUAGGUGUGUUUGACGAGGAGGAGGAGGAGGCAGAAGAGGGCGAGGAAGGCGAGCAGGGCCCACCCAAACCACCCACCAAGUCACGCGAAUACAAAGGCCCCUGGGCGGGCUGGCACGACGAGCACAUCGAGCCGGUUGGUCCAGACGAAGAAGAGUAUGAGGCCGCGAAACGAGCGAGCACCUCGGCAUCCGUCGUCAAGAAACAGGCCACAGAGAAGGGCCAAGCCAAGCGCGAAGUGGCCUACGGAGAAGAGAAAUCUACUCUGCAUGCCAAGAGUUUGCACGAUUACCAGGGCCGGACGUACAUGCACGUGCCCACCGACCUCGAUGUUGACCUGCUCUCGACCGAUCCUCCCAGCGAAUGCUUUUUACCCAAACGUUGCAUUCACACUUGGAUGGGCCACACCAAGGCUGUUUCGGCCAUCAGGCUUUUCCCAGAGAGUGGACAUCUAUUACUAAGCGCAAGUAUGGACUCUCGGGUCAAACUUUGGGAUGUCUAUCAUGAUGGGAAAUGCCUGAGAACGUUCAUGGGUCAUUCCAAGGCGGUCAGAGAUGUCACAUUCUCAAACGAUGGCAAACAAUUUCUAUCUGCCGGAUACGAUCGCCAGAUCAAGUUAUGGAACACUGAAACCGGACAUUGUGUGCAAGCAUUCUCGAAUGGGAAGAUCCCUUACUGCGUUAAAUUGCAUCCCGAUAACGAUAAGCAGCACAUCUUCCUGGCCGGAAUGUCAGACAAGAAGAUUGUCCAGUACGACAUGCGUUCAGGAGAGAUUACUCAAGAGUAUGACCAACAUUUAGGACCAGUAAACACGAUCACCUUCGUCGACGAGAAUCGGAGGUUUGUGACUACUUCUGAUGAUAAAACUAUCCGCGCUUGGGACUUCGAUAUCCCUGUCGUGAUCAAAUACAUCGCCGAACCUGCUAUGCAUAGUAUGCCUGCUGUCUCUCUCCAUCCUAACAACAAGUGGUUAGCAAUGCAAUCAUUAGACAAUCAAGUGUUGAUCUAUUCGGCGGAUUCGUUCAAGCAGAACCGGAAGAAACGCUUUGCAGGACACACGAUUGCUGGGUAUGCAUGUGAGGUUGGCUUUUCGCCGGAUGGGAAGUUCCUGAGCUCGGGAGAUGGGUCGGGAAGUAUGGUCUUCUGGGAUUGGAAGUCUUGUAGGAUCCUUAAACGGUUGAAAUGUCAUGAUCAAGUGAUCAUUAGUCAUUCUUGGCUCCCUCAUGAAACCUCCAAGUUGGUCACUGCCAGUUGGGACGGUUUGAUCAAACUUUGGGAUUGAGUUUUUUAUAUACUCUCUCUGGUUCCAUGUAUCCGUUCCCUCGUGCAUUUUCGAAAUUAUUUGUGAUUGAGUAUACUCGAAGCAAAAAACAAAGAAAGCAAAAUUAAAUAAAUUGAUACAAUUGCGGAAACUUGUCAUCAUAACCAUCAGAUGAGCAUCUUUGGUAAUGUUUGAAUAACGUCUCUUGGCUGCCAAAAUCCAUAGAAAUGAG